CCCCACUUUGGUAACACAAACCAAAAAGAACGACGAAUGAGUUAUUAGUUGAUUGAACGCGAUUAAUGAUACCAGAAUCGGAAGCCGUAAUUUUCGAUUCUAGGAUAACCUCGAACCACAAAAAUAUCAGCUAUGCUUUGCUGAAAUGACAUCAAGUCGGAUUUGGGUGUCCUACCAAUUCGGUUCUGUUAACCAAAAUCGAACCGAAAUCCAGCCGCACCGUUCAGAUUAGGCCCAUACUCCGAAAGUAGAUGUGGUAAGCAGCCCAUCCCCGGUUAAGCAGAUAGAGCAUGGACCAGCCCAUCCACGGCCCAUUUCCCGGCCCGGCCACGACCAUCAGACGAAUCGUUGACCCGUUUCCCGGGGAAAAAAGCCAAGUUAGGUAUAGCCGCUUGUUGCCAUUCGCCGAAGAACAUCCACGUCACCGCCACCGCCGCCGCCGCCGCGUCCACCUGCUCCGCCGCUACAGGCCCAACAACAUCAACGUCCCUGACUUCUUCCUAACAACUCUCUCCAUCCUCUUCUCUUCUUCUUUUUCCUCUGCCUCCCUCAAACCCUAUUUCCCGAAAAUCCCCUUCUACCAAAUCCCAUCCAUGUCGGUCUCAAACCCAAACAACCGGCGCCGUUUCGCUAACCCUGAUUCCCUCUCCGAUUGGCUGAAGCCCCGAUUGCCCUCCGAUUCCUUCGCCUCCUGGGGGGUCAAGCCGGGGACGAAGAACGUCCACAACCUCUGGCUCGAGAUCUCUCAAGGCGAGACCUCCCUCGCCGAUUCUACCCCUCCGAUUCGCACCGUCAACGUCGUCACCGUGAAAGUGAUCGGGAAGAACAAUCGGGUCUUAAUCGAAUCGCAUCAGGAGCUUUCUGACGGGACGGUGAGGAGCCGGCACCGGCCCUUGUCGGAGAAGAUGAAGCCCGACGAGAGCCCUGAUUCUGCUGUCCUGAGAGCGAUUCGAGAGGAGCUCGGGUCGAUUGCCGGUGGGGAAGUGAGGAUUGUGCCGGGUUCGUACAGGGAGAAGGUGGAGGAGAGGUGUUCGGCUUCGUACCCUGGUUUGCCGGCGAGAUAUGUGUUGUACUCGGUGGACGCGAUUGUGGACGGGCUGCCGGACGGCGGUUUUGUGACGGAGGAAGGGGAGGCGUAUGGGGAUUCGGAGGAGAAGAAGGUUGCCGAUCAAGCUGUUACUGUUAGAAAGCAUUUCUGGAAAUGGGUUAGUCCUGAUGCCGUUGAGUUGUGAAUCAUUUUGUUGGGGGCAAUUGAGAGAUAGGGUCACCUCCAUCGUUCUGUCCCGCCAUGUUUGUUACUGUUAGGACAGAGCACUUGAUUUCUCAGAUGGGUGAUCGCACCCCUCUAUACACAUUACAUACAUACCGUUCUGUUUGCUCGAGAGGUGUAAAAAGUUUUUGUACAACAGGGCUGCCCACUUAGUGGCUUCUUAUGUCCUUUCAUCAACAGUUCGAUAUUGUGUCAAUUGUCGCGUCUGGUUGUCUAGCGUCCUGUAAUAUCUAUAACCUUCCCGAUCUAUGACGACGACGACAACAAAAAAAAAGUUUUAGUCUUUGUGUUCUCGAGUGCAUUAGUCCUGCUGCCUUUGUGAAAUCAAUUGCUCUGUUUGUCUGAGUUCUGUUGGUUGCCGAGCUAGGAUACCGUUGCUGCCUUGUUUAUAAUCUACUCUUGAGAUGCUUGGCAGCAUUGUCACUGCAGAUUCAUUGCAUCAUGAAUAGUGGGUUGAGUUGAGACUGUCAAUAAUUGGAAUGGACUAUGGACAAUUAGGAAUGCUUGUGCUAGCAUACAUGUUACUGGAAUUAAUGAUAUGGAUACUUGGGUAGUUGGGUUAAUGAACUUGUAUGAUCUGCCCUUCCGCUUUCUGAACUGUGACCCAUCUUUUUUCACUUCAAACCUAGCCGACGGAUGCUGCUACCCGUAGCAGCACCAGCAUUUGCUCUCAGAUGAGCUUUUCGUCUUCCAUGGCGAUUUGGAAAGUUUCUUAUUAUUGCCUCUGUAUAUUUUAGGGUUGGGGACUGCCUGCUGCUGUAUGGCAUGGUGGCAAGAUUGAAGGUGUUAUUAAUGACGACCAAAGAAUUUUCCCAAAAUGAGAAUUGAACUUAGAAAUGCACUGAUUUCUAUUUCAACUAUGCAUAAAAAGGUUUUAGAAGAAAAGUAAAAAGGAGAAGAAGACAUGGAGAAUCUGUAAAUAAAGCUUUGUCUCAUUG